AUGACUCGUGGACAGAGGAAUCCAGAAAUAACUAUAAGAAGAAACGGAGUCCCAAAUUAUAUCAAAUUUAUUAAAAACUCAUACCCUUUUGAAGAAGCCUUUCCUGUUCAAGAGAAUUAUUUAAGAGAGUAUCUUGCCUACCUUGCUCAAAAA